AUGGGGCUCUCACAGUCGCAAAAGGACCUGGUGGGCGGGUCGGUCGGCGGUGUCGCGCAGGUGCUCGUUGGACAGCCCUUUGACAUUGUCAAGGUCCGCAUCCAGACCGCCGCUCCGGGCACGUUUGCCUCCCCGCUCGAAUGCGCCAGCACACUGCUCAAGAACGAGGGCCCGAUGGGCUUUUACAAGGGCACUCUGACCCCGCUCCUCGGUAUCGGUGCCUGUGUCUCGAUCCAGUUUGGCGCGCUCGAGUGGUCGAAGCGCUUCUUCUCGGAGCGCAAUGGCGGCAAGGAGCUUGGUCUCCCCGAGCUGUACGCCUCGGGCGCCAUCGGCGGUCUGGCCAACACGGUCGUCGCCGGCCCCGUCGAGCACAUCCGUAUCCGCCUGCAGACGCAGCCGGCCAACGCCAAGCUCUACUCGGGCCCGCUCGACUGCGCCGCCCAGCUCAUCAAGUCGAACGGCCUGCCGGGCCUGUUCAAGGGCCAGGUGCCCACCAUGUUCCGUGACGGUAUCGGAUACGGCUGCUAUUUCGCGGCGUACGAGUGGCUCGUCCAGAGGCACAUUCGCGAAAACGGCGGGUCGAGGGCGGACAUUUCGCCCCUGUAUGCGGUCGGAUACGGCGCGGCCGCUGGCUACUUUCUCUGGGGCUCGAUCUACCCCAUCGACGUCGUCAAGUCCAAGCUCCAGACCGACGCGCUCAACCCGUCCCAGCGCAAGUACAGGGGCAUGCUGGACUGCUUCGCGCAGACGUGGCGCGCCCAGGGCUGGCGCGGCUUCACGGGCGGCCUGACCCCGACGCUUGUCCGUUCGCCGUUCGCCAACGGCGCGACGUUUGUGGCCUUUGAGAUGGCCAUGCGCGCCAUGGGCGGACCGGGCGGCGCGCCGGACAUUCCUGUCCCCGACGCGAUCGUGUAA